AAAUACGCUCCUUCGGCAAAUCCAUCUUUUAUUUUCUUUCCUGAAGAAGAGCCCUAAAUGUCCAGUUAAGGAUCCAACUAUGAGCUUACAUGGCAUCAAACGAAUGCUAAACAUUAACCCGGCCAGUGCGCUUGCCUACUUUACCAACGUGAACUCGGACAGGCGCUUAGGCUUACGUGUAUAUGAUGAUAUGUUGGAAGAAAAGUACAAGUAUCGAAGGCCUGAAUUUCUCCAACUGAACGAAGAAUCUGAACAAGCGGCAUCCGAUCAUGAUUCAAGAGCGAUUCUUAUGCCACACAGGGAACUUCCCUUGAAUGCAGGAUAUGCCGAGGCAAUAAAUGCUGGUAAAACGCCACAUAAAAAUGAAGAUCAAUCGGUGGCUGGAAUGUUCUGCUUAAAUGUCAGCAAGUUGACCCAGGAAUCAGAUGGUGAUGGAAGUCCAACCCAUGUUACACAGACCAAGAUCCCUUACGCAUAUUUUGGUGUAUUUGACGGCCAUGCUGGAUGUGGAGCAGCUCUGAUGGCUGUCAAUAACCUUCAUGUCCAUAUAAUGGAGAAGUUGCAUGGAGUAAAAGAAUUGUUGGCUUAUGAAAAUGAUGAAAAACUUGCUGCAGGAGAGGAAUUAUCUGAAGCUGUUAUCUCUUCAGUGACUAUUGAUAGUCUUGUGAUUGGAGUCUUAGAAGAGGCCUUCUUUGAAAUGGAUGAACAAAUUCGAAGAGAGAAAGUCACCUACAGGAUUGAUGGAGGCUGCGCAUCAAUUGUUGCCCUGUUUCUUGGAGAGAAGUUAUAUGUUGCUAAUGCAGGGGACUGCAGAGCAAUCCUAGUCCACAAGGGCAAAGUUAUUCCUCUUUCAUACGACUUCACACCAGAGACAGAGAGACAAAGACUUCAGUUACUUGCUUAUCAGAAACCCCAGCUUUUAGGAAGUGACUUUGGCCGGCUUGAAUUUCAGCAGAGGGCCAGGAAAAAACAUAUUGGUCAGAAGUUGCUUUAUAGGGAUCGACAUAUGACAGGAUGGGCUCUUAAGACGGUGACCGAGGAGGACACAAGAAAAUUUCCAAUGAUUAACGGUGAAGGAAAGAAGGCCCGCCUUUUGGACACCAUAGGAACAACUCGUGGGUUUGGAGAUCAUGAUUUGAGAGUGGCUUUCUGUAGCCUUCCUAUUAAACCUUUUCUCACUCCACAACCAGAGGUUCGGAAGUUUGACUUGUCUAGCUGUAAGCUCACAGAGGAUGAUGUUGUGAUAAUGGCUUCCGACGGACUCUGGGAGAGAUUAUCCAGUGAAAAGGCUGCGGCAAUGGUAAUGGAUACGUUUUCCAAAAUUCCAAAAGACGACAAAAGAAGGUACGUCAUGGCAGCCCAGGCCCUUGUUGGGGAUGCGCGAGGCACUCUGAAUGAAAAAGGUUGGAGACGAACCAAUGGCGAGUUAGCCUCGUACGAUGAUAUAUCGACGUUUGUGAUUCCCCUUAGUGAGUGCAGCAACGAAAUGGCUAAAUUCACAGUAGAGUACGAUACACCGACUGGGAAACCAACGCACUCCAUUGACAAUGAAGACGAUUAAAGCACUUUCCAGACUGUUUAAUAGAAACAAGAACGAUUUUUCCGCAUGGAUGAUUUCACCUUGUCGGUGAAAAGUUAAGGCGGAUUGAGUAAUAACACCAAUUAUAUUGGUCACUUAACCGAGGUGGACUGAUGACAACGUGGUUCACUCUGUCCGUGUGUGAGCGCGGUAUAAGUUAGUAAAACUUGCCUGUUUACGAUUAAAUCAUCAGGGGCGCUAUUGAAGUAA